AUGACGAAGAAGUCGGCCAAGGGAUAUCGGAUAUCGGUCUUGGUCGCGCGCCUGUCCGAAGACCAAGCAGCGGCCCUGAAUGCCUGGGACGGUGAGGUGACGGAUGAAGGAGCGAAGCCAAGUAAAGCCUGGCAGGGGAGACUCUACCGGGAGAUCCUCCCACAUGCUGAUGCAUAUUUGCGUGAAGAAGCUGGGAUGUCCGACGACUUUAUGACACCGCCAAAGCCGAAAGUCGAGCUGGAAGAGGGUGCGGGACCAGCGAUUCCACCCUUCCCAGACCUAGAUGAUUCAGAUCGCCAGGGAAGAAUGGAAGCGGCUCGAAGAGCUCUUGACCAGCACAUUGAGGGAGAGAUAGAUUCCGAAGUGUUGCAGACCGUGGCCACUGCCUUCGACCUAGAUCAUGAGCAACUGGCUCAGUCGAUGUAUGCGAGGAAUCACCGCCUUAGCUACUCGAAGCCAACGGCACCACCAGGAUUGGGAGCCGACCAAAGCGAAAUGGAGUUUGCAAGCAGACCCGCGACGGCAACUAUGCCAGGAGGAGUGACCGUAAAGCCAGCAGUCCCCCGGCCGGCGAAUCCACUUCUGCCGAGGAGCUCCUCCUCAAUCCCCCCGGUCCAGAGAGGUGGAUUGUCGCUCUUUCCCAAGGGGUCAGGCGGUCGAAACAGUCUCGUGAAACCAGCAUCGGAGCAGAUGCCGGAUGGCAGAGCAGGAGCCACGUUCGGAGAAGCCCUCGGAGACAGCACACAAGUCCAGAGCGCGGACCGCAUCAUUCACGCCAUCGACGGUCUGAGAAGAGCACAGGAUGACGACAAAAACCUCACGAAAGGGACCUUGAGUUCUAUCAAAGAGGCGGAGAAGAUGGACGUCUUCCUGGCACGAGGCUGUGGCACCCUGACCGUUGAACUCGCACCGGGAGUGUACGGGAAGGAACUUUUCCACGCGGGGAAAAGGGUGGCAAAUCACGUUCGCCAUAUGCUGCACUUGAUCAAAUGGCCGGUGCUGAUGACCAACGAGUCCUACUUGGCAUCGCUGGUCUGUGGUGGGGUGGCAAAGUACGUUCGUGUGUUUGGAUCCUGCUAUGGUACAGAGCAUAUCCAAGAAAGACUCGAUUGUCUCCAAGCCUUGAAGGAGGCCCAUGAAGAAGACGAGCAUGCCUUCCCAGCUGCCUACUGCAUCGAGCUCUUUGAGGAACUUGUCGCGGCUUGGUGCGAAGAACUGCGAGAAAGCAGAAGGAAACUCUGCUCUCUGCUGGGGACCGAAAAUCCACGGCUUGAAGACCUGAAGCUGCUAGCUUUGGCGCCUGGAGCGGAUGGGCAAGCAAACUUCCAGUUUCCAAGCAUAUGGGAUCUGGGCGAUCCGAACGGAUAUUACCAGACAGUUGUGGUACCCAGGCAGCAAAGGCAAAUGUCGAGGCUGCUCCACAAGCAGCUGCACGACCACAACCUCAAGCAGAAGAAGACAGCUGGUCCAGCUGAAGAUGAAGAGCCAAGGACAGGGAAAGCCCCAAAGCUUAACCUGAAAGACAAAGAGGCCGAUGGAUAUGCGGGCGGCAGCAUGAAAUCAGCCUACCCAGCUGGAAAACGGCUUACACAAGGAGAAGCUUCACGGUCCGUGGGGCACGCACCUAAGGAUCCCAAGACCAACAAACCUAUCUGCUGGGGUGCGGCCACACACAUGGGAUGCACAAGAGGCGACAAGUGCCAGCACACACACGAGCCUUUGCCGGGAUUGGCCAAACUUGACUACACAGUUGCCAUGCAGGUCAUUCGAAGAGGAGGACUCAAAGGUGGGCCGAAAAUCGAUCCCAAGGAGGUCGACGGAAGGGUCGCUCAGCUGCGGACCCAGGCAGCGGCGGAUAAGGCCGACAAGAUCCAACCUAGCAAGAAAGCGAAAGCCAAGCCCAAGCCAAAGGCCAAAGCUGGGAAGGAAGCUGAGGGUAAAGCUGAAGAAGACAAGGUUGGGAACACCCAGUGGGUCGCACCUGAAGACUAUGAUAUCCCUUUGACCCAUCUCGAGACUGACUUGCAAGAGGCGGUUCAGGGCCCAGAUGAGGGCUGGCUGCGGAUACCCUCACAACCCACUGAGCAAGAAGCCGCUCCGGCUUGGGAUGACCAGAGCCAAGAGGAGCGGGAAAGGCUGAAACGAUGGAAGUCGCUGGAGGAGAAAGGGGUUCUGGCAGCCUUGGAUUCGCACACGGAUUAUCUCAGGUCCCAUGUCAUUGCACGCAUGAUGGCAGCACAAUAUGAAGGAUAUGAACUGGAGCUGAACCGGUGUCUCGAAGAUGCGGCAGAACAUGGACAUCCCGCACUCUCUAAGGAAGCCGGACGUCAACUUGAGCUCCUCAAGCACGAGCCGAAAGCGGGUCACCAAGCGGAUGUCGAAUUUACGCCCAUCACAUGGGACGAUGGUAUUGGUCAUGGCCUGUUGAACUUUCAAGGAAACUUGUCGCAUAUCGGCUCAGUCACGGUCCGUGACUACCAGGAUCGCUUGAACGCAAAAGACAGCGAGGUCCCACUGCAAGACGGGCAGUUGGAAGAAGAGCGCCAAUGCCUGCCUCUUCAUGUGGGUGUCGGGUUAACGUUGGCCGAUGAUCCAUCUGUAGAACUACGAGAGGCCGUAGCCAGAGCCAACCAGUUGAGAAAACAUCUCUGGGAUGAAGCAGUGGAGGCUCACGCACACCUUGGCGAUCCGCCAGCCUGGAUACCUGAGGGCGAGCAUUUCUUGCGUCAAAACGUCCAUGAUUGCCUCUUUCCUCACCACGAGAAAGACUACCGCGCCCUGCAAACCCUCACAGGAUCCAUGCUGCAAGGAUACACGUUGGCGGUCCUCAGGAUUUCCUAUUUUGGUCGGUUGGAGGCCGACCUGCUCCACGGAGAUGAUGCUGGCAAUGGGAAGCUAGUUUUCGUUACCAUCCACCGGCAGCAUAUGCGCCUGCUUCUUCCACAACAGCCUCAGCAGCUGUUGGAUCACCUGAGGACUGCAGACAAGGUUAAUCAGGGAACUUCAGGUUGA